AUGGCUGCCAAUUUAUGUGAACGCAAGGACAUGUAGAAAAGUGAUAUCCGUUUGUGUGAUAUUCCGUUUAUAUUUGUGAUAAUAACUUUUUAUAUAUAUCGUUUUUGUGUUUGUGUUAUACAAAAGUUUACGUGCUUUUUGUUAUGAGUUAUCGAUGGUUAUAAAAUCUUUAGUGCAAUAUUGCGUUGGAUGUCUUACAAAAUGUUCAGUGUUGAAUUGUGAUUAUUUAUGCAGUGAUUAUUCUUUUUGGAUCGCUAUGACGCUUGUUGUUGGAUGAUACCUGUUACAAUAGUGCGGGGGUGAUGGAGAAGGCGAAGGCGUACAUAAAGAACUCUCUGGGCGCGUCCAAGCCAGCGUCCCCGUCGCUGGAGAAGCCGCCCUCCGCCGCCGCCGCCGCCCCGCCGGAGGACGCGCGCGUCUGCUUCGUGUGCGGCGGCGGCGGCUUCCCAGACCACUACACUGUGCGAGUCAAGCCCGACGCACAGAGCUUGGAGCCCUACUUCCCGUUCCUGGGCGCCCACGCCCCGCCCACUGGCUACCGACCUGAAGGCGACGAGGAGGGCACCGUGCGCUGCUGCUGUGUCUGUUACACCUUCCUGCGCCAGCAGUGGGAGCAGUACGACAGGGAGAACAAGCCGCACAGCCAACGGUUCUACUGGAUGAAGAGGCUCGACGGGAAACCCUUUAUUGGUGCGGACAUGACGUUCCAAGGUGAAUACGCGGCGCAAGUCCUAGGGCUGCCGGGGGAGUCGCCGGCGCCGUGUUCGCCGCGCGCGGGCUCCCGGCCGGCCUCCCGCGCGUUCCCGCUCGACGCGCCCGCACCCGCACCGCCGGAGCCCUACCGCAAGGACGAGAAGGACACCAACCAUGUCACCAAGUUCAAUAAUCAGCGGUACGGGGGCGGCGGCGGCGGCGGUGGUGGUGAAGAGGAGGGCGUGCUGGACCUGCGGGCGCGGGACCCGUCCGUCAUCUCGGUGGGCUCGCAGCACUCGGGCGUAUCCGAGCCCGCAGGGUACCUCGACGCCGUCAGGUCGACGGUGUCGGUGUACUCUGGCAACUCGAACUCGAGCUCGGACCGCGUGUCGGACAUCCUGGACCUGUCCAUGCCCGACAAGAACUCCAUGACGGAGGUGUGCUACGUGUGCGGCGACGAGUACAAGCGUGGCACGCUCUCCAACCUGCACACCAAGGAGCCUAAGGACAAAUCGAAUAAACAGCCGUACUUUCCGAUCUUCGGCGAGCAGCACCCACGGCCGCCGCGCUCACGGCCUAAAGACGCGCAGGGCACGGUCCGCGCGUGUGCCGCCUGCCUCCACCACCUGCUGCACCAGUGGAACACCUAUCAGUCUCGCAACGUGGCGCCCAACGAGCGCGUGUACAGCCUGCGCACGCGGCCGCCGUCGCUGCUGCCGCCGUCGCCGCUGAGCCUGGCCAGCUCGGGGGACAAGUCGCUGGCGGCGCACACGCACUCGCCCUCGCUGGAGCGGCCCGCCAGCCAGCCCGGGCCGCCGCCCGCGCCCGCCGCCGCGCCCGCCACCGCCAGCUUCGUGUGCUACGUGUGCGGCGUGCCCGCGCCCAGCUCGCAGCUGCGGCUCGUCUACUGCUGCGCCAACCCCGAGCGGGAGCCCUACUACCCGUUCAUCACCACGCUCAAGGCGCAUCCGGACGCGAGUCCCAUCAGUCCGCAGGGUAUGGUUCAAAUUUGCGCGUCGUGUUAUAAGACCAUUCCCCUAAAGUAUCCGGCUUUUGGGGAGAAUGGCGAACCUAAUCCGGCGCAUAACAACUCACAUUCAAACAAUAUUAGGUUUAAACCGUACGAUAUGAAGUCUAGUUCAAGUCAAUCGGGCAAGCGGCCGCCGAACACCCUCGCCGCCAGUCCCCAGGGUCAGAUCGUCUCCGGCGAGAAUGGCAUGGGUCUAUAUAGGUGCUACGUGUGCGCGGGCCUGUUCCCGCAGCAGUCGAUGGAGUGGUUGUCGACGACGGCGGACUACAUGAACUCGCACGCGAUGCACUUCCCGUGCCUGGCGGGCGCGGGGGCGGGCGGCGGCGGGGGCGGCGGCGGGGGCGGGGCGGGCGGCGGCGGGGCGGGGGGCGGCGCGGCGGGCGGGGCGGGGCCGGGCGGGGGGCGGGGUGGGCGCGUGCUGGCGUGCUCGCGCUGCGUGCGACACCUCACGCGGCAGUGGGAGAUGAUGGACGCAGAGAGAGUGCCGCUAGAACACCGCAGAUAUAAUAUACCAUCACCGUUACCGUCGAAUUCGUCGAUGAACGGCGACCGAGUCAUACCCACACCACCGUCAACCACCUCCGAUAGAACUGUUGCUAGCAAUAGUGCGUGUACAUCAAUAUACUGUUUCCUGUGCGGUCUCCACUCGGACCUCACGCUGGCGCGGAUCCUGUACGGGCAGCCGCAAGGGAACGCGCCCUACUUCCCCUGUCUACUCACGCAUCAGAGUCACCCAAACGCGGAGCAGUUGCGUGAGAACGGCUCCGCACUAGUCUGUACAUUUUGUUACCAUUCGUUGCUGAGCCAAUGGAGGCGGUACGAAGCGAGCGGAGGCUGCGGGCCCGAGCGGCGAACGUACAACACGCACGACUACCACUGCCACUUGUGCGGCAUCAAGACCUACAGGAAGCGGGUGCGGGCGCUGCACAUGAAGGAAUUCCCAUUUUUAAUGCAAAGGCGGACUGAAAAUUCAUUAUUAUUAGAAAAUAGCGAAUAUGCCGUAGUAUGUUUAGAUUGUUAUGAAAGUUUAAGGACGCAGGCGCAGGACUACGAGCGGCGCGGCGUGCCGGUGGAGAAGCGAGAGUACAACUGGCUGCAGCAGCCGCCGCCGCCCGAGGACAGCGCCGACGUCACCAUCGCCAGGCUGCCCUCCGGAGACCGCUCCGACAAGCUGAUACCACAGUCGCUGGUGAUGUCGCGGAGUUCUUCCAAGAGGAACAGUCCAAAGCAACCGAGCGCCGCGCUCGCAGACAGAAGACUGACGCCCGCCAAGAUCGACAAGUCAGAUCAAGGUGUGAGCGCAAACAAAAUAGCGAAGCGGACGGACUUGGCGCCCAACAAGGGCGGGCCGUUCGCGGCCGCCCUUCGGACUCUAGCCAAGAACGCGGGCCCCGACGGCAAAGACGGCACCACGAGCGGAGCGCCCACCCCCGAUCGAGACAAAGAGAAGCCACCGCCGGCACCCACGAAACGCGCCUCGCCACACCACCUACCUGCUAGUGGAUUUCAACCUUAUCGACCUGAUGAUAGACUGUCCCACCCUGCGGCCGCGUCGUUCCCGCUGUUAGAACCGACGUACGCAGUAGGCUCGCCGUAUGCGCAUCCCAGCCUCUACACCAGCGCCGCGCUACAGUACAGGCUAGCUGCGGAGGAGCAGAUGUACCUGGAGCGGGUGUUCCGCGGCGGCGUGGGCGUGGGCUGGCUGCCGCCCUACGCGCUGUACCCGCCGCUCGCGCCGCCGCUGCCGCUCGUGUCGCACGCGCCCCACGCGCCGCACACGCCCCACCAGGCCCACCAGGCCCACCAAGCCCAUCAGGCACACCAGGCCCACCAGCACGCGCAGCACGCGCUACACGAGGAGCGAGAGAAGGAGAUAGCGCUGCAACGGGAGCGGGAGAGGGAGAGGGAGCGCGAGAGAGAGAGGGAGAGGGAGCGCGAACAGCGCGAGAAGGAGCAACGGGAGCGAGAGCGCGAGCGCGACCGGCUGCAGCGCGAGAAGGAGAGCCGCGCGCGGGAGGCGUACGCCGCGCUGCAGCAUCCGCUGUCGCCGCACCUGCUGCCGCCGCCCGGGUACCCGCUGCCGCGCCCGCUGCUGCCGCCGCCGCUGCUGUACCGCCCCUACCGGCCCUACGCGCCCUACGAGCGGCCCGCCGCCGCGCCCCACGCCGCGCCCGCCGCGCCCGCCGCACGGACCGAGCCAUGCGUCUCGCUCGCGCGUGUGAGACCUCCACUGCCGCCACCAGAUCCUCCUCCUAAACCAACAGAGCCAUUCAAACCCAUUGAAGAACCUAAUAUAUUCCUCGAGAAGCCAGCAUUCAUUGCACCAAAACCUAUAUCACAUUCGCCCAAAAUAUCUCCUUCAUCUAUACCCAAUCCAAGUCCAAGCGUAACAACUAAUAAACAAGUAGAACCAGGGUAUUCAAACUAUAAUAACUAUCUUUACUCAAUCCCUGGGUAUUCCGCUUUCCAACCCGUAGCAUAUCCGGGAAUAGUUCAACCAAAUCAGGCACCGUUACCACAAAGUGAAAAUAUUAAUAAAGAUUUUGUUCCGUUUCCGACGAUUUCUACAAAAGAAUCCGUAAAAGAAGAGAAAUCAAAUGAAAUACAAGCUCCAGAAAAUAUACGUAGUGUCACGCCUAAAACAGAGAUUAAUAAACCUCAAACUGAUUUCGAAGAUCAUUUUACACCUGAAAUAGUACCAGCAGUGUCUAAUUCUGAUGUUAAAACUCAAGUAGCAGAAUGUAAAAUGAGUAUAACCUCUCUUACUCAAGGGUCGGGUGCAACGGUCACAAUACCAACACAAAUACCGCAUAUUCCACAGACUAAUAAUGAUAAUAAAAAGAAACCAACAGAGAGAUUCAGUUUGAAGACUAGUAUACCGAUAAGUAAAAUUGACAUGAAAUGCGUUAACAAUCCACCAGAUGCUUUUUUUCAGAGUGCGUUAACAAAAAAAACUAAUACUUUACCGUUUCAAAGUCAGAAACAUGAGAAUGUUUCCAGAGUUGAAAUACAAAGUAACAUCGUAAUAAAAACUGCACCAAUGGAGAUCGAAAGUAAAUCAGAAAGUAAAACAGUAUCGAAUGCGCCAAUUAAUAAUAUCAGUACAUUAAUAAAUGCAGCGGAGGCUAUUAAUAAAACUGAAAAUCAGUUUCGAAAGCCUGAACCUUUAGAGGAGACUGAGCUUAAAGAAUCCACCUCAACAUAUACUCCUCAAGUUUCUACUUCUACUACAAGACCUAUGUUUAAUCCAAUAAACAUUGAAUCAACCAAAGCAAAUUUCUCCAAUAAAUCACCAGAAUCAUCUUUCACUGAACAGAAAAAUCAAAUACUGUUCAUACAAAAUAAAAACCCCGCGAAUCCAAAGAUGUUGUUAACAAUUCAACAACAAAAUCCCCAAGUGUUGCUACAAAGAACUAAUUUCGAUUCAAAAAACAUGCAAGCUCCUUCACGAUUGUCAAGUCAAACAAAAAAAUGUAAAGACGAUCUUGUCAACGAAACUUCGUCAUCGUCUAAAGUUGUGGCUUUAAAACGGCUGCACCAAGAAAACUGCGACGAAAACGAUUUCGAAAAUUUGAUUACCGAAAAUCAAAUAUAUGGCAACAAGAUAGUCGUGAAGGAGAAAUCGCAAGGUACACUUCAAGAACAAGAUUUAAAAAAUAAAAUGAAAAUUGACAAACCUAUACAAGGCGAAACUAAAAACGUGGUUUUACAACCAAAUUUUUUAUACUUAAGUAAUGUCCAAUUCCCUGCUAAUUUGAUGAUGAUAAAAAAUAAUACGAAAGUAAAUCAAACUAAUGAUUCCAAUAAAGCUAAUAAAAUUGCAUCCAAUGAAAAUAAAUCGUUACACGACAUUGGAACCACCACUAAUACUUCUGAUGCAAAUGCACUAACAAAAAACAUCAAAACACAAACUGUGUCGGUAAGUAAAGAGAUACAUGUCUUGAAAUCCAGCAAUAAUGUUUUACAGACCCUAUCUAAUAAAAAUAAUAAGACUGAUAUAGUUAUUCAAACAAAUCAGAAAGUAAUUAUGAAUCCACAGAUAGUUUAUCAAGUCCCCAUGAUUGUCGAUACUGAUAAUAAAUUAAAUCAACCAUUUGUUAAUAGGGACUAUUCGAAGUUUAUAAAUAAUAAGAAAGAUUAUCCUAAGCAAUAUGAGCAAACAAAGCAAAAUGACAAGCUGUUCAUUGCAUGUCCUUAUCAAAUGGACUCUAAAUUGCAGCCAAAAAUUGUGAUAACAAAUAUCAGGCAUAAAAUUUCUAAAAUAGAGGAAGUCAGUUCUUUGGAUAUGUAUGAAAAGCGAAGAAGAAUUAGAAGACUAAAAUAUUUAUCUAAUCGUGAUUCAAAAGAAAUAAAACCAGAUUCCAAGAAGGUUCAUGAUAAAUCAGAUAAAUUAAAAAAUAUAAUAACACCAGAUAAAAUGAAAGCUGAAAUUUAUAAAGAGUUCGCUAAAAGUAAAGCCAUUAUCGAUCAAGACGGUAGUGAUACAGAUAAUGAUUUCGGGGAAGAUGAACUUAAAGAAUACAAUUCUAUAAUUGAAGAAUACAGUAUUCACAGUGAUGAUCAAACUGGGAAAGUCGAAUUUUUGUCAAAUUUUAGUUUAACUACACAUGACAUGUCUAAAGUUAAGGAAAUGGAACUUCAAGAAAAAACAAUCAGAAAAGAUUCUGUAGCUUCUGCAUAUAUAGCAGCGGGUCGUCUAGAUCGACUGUGGAAUGAAGAUUUUCCAAAAGAAAUAUCCGUAAAACCACCUGAUAACAAUAUGAAUAUCCAAAUCUUUGAUUAUGCCAUAGAAAAGGAACAUCCUAUUAUUUUACAAAAAAAGAAAUCAUUCUUGAAUCAAUUGAAAUUGGUGCAAGUCUCGCCACAUUACAAAGAAGAAUACGAAAGAGCGUGGCGCGAAAUAAUAAAAGAAAGAAACAGAAGAUACGGGAUCCAACACCUGGGCAACCUGAAACAAACCAAAACGUCAGCAGAACCCUUAGAUUUAGACCCCAAUUGUCAGCUACAGUUGUUAUCUGAGAUAAAGAACAGCGUCAAUGAAAAUAAUAAUCUUAUUAAGAUGCGAUUGGACGCGUUCUCUACUAAUGGAGAUGGAGAAAGCAUAAGAGUACUGGCCGAGAAGAAUUUCUCAGAACUGAAUCGUCUAUCAAAAAUGGCGGAUAGAAGUGUCAAAAUUUUUAGCGGACAAGACACAAGGAAAAGAGAUUUAAAUCCAGGUUUUGACAGCGAGAAUAUCCAAAAAUGUGUUGCAAAUUUACAUCCAUUUCAGAACUAUCCUACAAUAAAUGUACCGACUAUUUCAAGGAUAAUAUCAUUGAAAUCAACGCCAGAACAAAAUACAGGGACCUCGACACAGGCCACGUCGAUGGACGAACCAAAGAGUUCCGCUGCCGGCGUUAAAGAGAUGUUUUUGAGUGCUUGUAUGGAAAACUGCAAGAAGCAUGACUUCAGCUGCCAAGUCGACGAUGGGUUCCCGUGGCCUGGUAUAGAAACCAUAAUGAAGAACUACAGAGAAUUUGAUGCAGCGAGAAGAAAAGAGAUAGCAGAACUACACAAACGCAAUACGUCACUGCGAGUGGAGAGCGCUCAUAUAACAAGAUCAGCAUCUCGGGAUUCAGAGAGAGCGCGCGCUCUACUUGCUGAGCGGCAGAACUUAGCUGUAGAAGAGAACAACCUACGUCUCUCAAUACAGAGGCUGACUGCUGCUGUCGAAAUAAUAAGGAACUGUUGAUUGUAUUAUCUAUAUUUAUAACAUUUAAGUUCAAAUUAUCUUGACGCGUGGAGUUUUGAACAUUUUCCUAAUAUUAAGACGAGUGGUUCACGAAAUAAUUGCAGUAUUAAUUCUAUCUCUCAAAUCAAAUCAAAUCAAAAUAUAUUCAUACAUGUAGGUCUAAAUGUUUAGCUUCCAAAAUUAGUGAUAAUUAAAACACCUGUUUAGAUAUAAACAUAUCUGUAUUAAUAAAAAUUAUGGUAUAUAUUAUAAAACUAAAUGCGCUUCACAAAUUAGAGCGCCAUCUACAGUAGAGUAUUGUUAUUACGCAGGUCUAUUACAGACUUUUAUGAUAUGUCAAUUCAAAUUAGGAGUACUACACUGACCACCACCAUAUGCCAUUGCAAUUCUGUGAAAAGAAAAUAAUUUAAUC